CUGAGUGAUCUACGUAUUUAAUUUGCAAGUGUUGUGGACCUGGUUACCGAAUUACGACCAUCGAGAUAAUGAAGUUAGCAGUUUUGCUGGUUGUCGGCGUUAUCGCCAAUGUAUAUGGCGAUGAACCUGAACCUAUCGUGGGUGGAAAUAUGGCUUCACAAGGACAAUUUCCACAUCAAGUCUCCCUUCAGGAAAACGGCUACCAUAAUUGCGGGGGAUCUAUUAUUAGCGACAGACAUAUCGUUACUGCUGCUCAUUGCAUAUCUCAAAAUAGUGCGAGAACCAUGACAGUUGUGACUGGAACAAAUAAUCUACAAAAUGGUGGUCAAGUACAUCGAGUCAAGUGUAUUCAAGUGCAUGAAGGAUAUAUCCCGAAUAUCUUUGCGAACGAUAUCGCUUUGAUCACUUUGGCACAACCGAUGACCUUCCACGGUCUACAAAGGCCAAUUUCUCUAGCGAGUGCAGAUUAUGCCACUGGCCAAACUCAUUGUAUGAUAAGCGGAUGGGGAAGGCUCGGCGCAAAUGCAAAUAUGCCGACAAUGCUUCAGUACGUCGAUACGAUGGCGCUGACCCGUAACGAUUGUGUAAGAGCGCAUCCACGCACUACUGCUAAACAGAUAUGUACCUUUAACAGCUAUGGAAAAGGUGCCUGCAUGGGUGACAGCGGCGGUCCUCUCAUUUGUAAUGGUCAACUUGUUGGUGUCGUGUCCUUUGGCAGACCCUGUGCUGUGGGUGUACCCGACGUAUUUACUAAUGUUGCCUAUUAUAGAGAUUGGAUUCAGCAACGUCAACAGAUGUGCUGAUUAUUCGAAUAAUCACAGUCGACCGGAGAUCUAUAUUUCAGACAUUAUCUAGAAUUUUUAGUUGCAGCGUGUGAAACGCGUUGCUAACGUUAUUAAUAUGUAGAAAUAGAAAUCAUAUAGAAGCAUAAAGUAAACAAUAAAAAAAUAUUAUUU